CUAAUGACCUUUGACCUUUUUAAUAAAGCUGCAAAACCGUUUGUGGAUGUCGAUGUUUGUUGAGGGUCCUAGUACCAGGAGCUGCUAGUACCUAUAUAAAAAUGGAAGCUGAAGGUGAACAGAAAGCAGUACGUCGUCUUGUGAAAGUCAGAAAACGAAAGAUAUUACCUGGCCACUCUAUUAAUGUUACUCGUGGGAUCAACAAAGAAAAUUCAGUACUUAAAAGGGCAAAAACAGAGCCUGAGCCGAUACCUCUGUGUGCUGAGCCUACGUUGGACUGGGGGCUCAAGACCAAGGUUCGGUUGGUAUCUCCACACUCGUUUGACUGGGCCAAGGUGAAGCGAGUGAGACAAGAGAGUCAGGGACUGGCUGCAUUCAUACAGGGACACACGGACACUCUUGAGCCAGUGUGUGAGCUGCGGUCCCUCCUCCAUUACUGGGAGCACCCCUCUAUUCCGUCCCUCUCUCUGUUUGCAGAGGACAGACACCGACUGGCCAUUAGUGGACCUCUCAAGGACAAUGCAUUCACCGACUCUCUCAAGGAAGAUUGGUCCACUAGUUUUCGCUCGUUGUUCCAACUCUUCCGUUUGGGCACAUGCUCUCAUUUCUACCUCUGUACCUCCAGCCUAACCAUCCUCUUUGUGACCUCUGACCCCGGCUCGCCUCAGGCUGUGAUCUCUCCAACAACUAGCGGAUUCAGACGGGCACUAAACAGAGAGGGGGUGGAGUUUUCUAUCCCAUUGGACACGAGUCAACCUGUUCCCGAGGGGCCACACGAGAAUGAGAGUGAUGAUGAGUGCUCUAGCUGGAUUGAUAGUGUCAUUGGGGCAGAAAGAAGAGCUGUCACAAAGACCACCAUUAAAUCCAGUCAUCAGGGUCAGUCCAUAGACAGCCGUCCCGAGUCCACAGUUCUUGUACCCACCACCUCACUUCAGUCUCUGUUCAACUACCUGCUCAAUUGCAAGACUCUCAUCAGCCCCACUGGCUCCCUGGCAGGAGUACCCCCCACCCUCAUAGCUCCCGUGGCAUUUCAGGGAGCAACACUUAGAACACUUAAGGCCUCUAUUGGGAGCCUGUCUGAGCAGGGUGGGCAUGGCCUGAUCAAGAAGCACUACAUGGACAUUGUGGGCCCACUCCUCCCCCACACACUGAGGCAACUGAGAGCACUGCUGGACAGAGCUCAACUCGAACUCGUAGUACACAGUGUAGAGUCAAACUAUACCUCAGCAUUUACUAGGGCACUGCAGGGCACUUUAUAAUAGUUAUAUUCUGUGACAUUUAUUUUUACGUCAAGUAAUUUUUAUUACAGGUUAAUUGUGUCUAAUAAUUGUAAGUACUUCA